CGCGGCCUCCGGGCGGCGCGGAGCGGCCGCGCCCCGCCCCCCUCCCGCGGGCGGAAGUGACGCGCGGGGCCGCGGCGCGAAGUUUGAAUCGCGCGCGGCGCGGAGCCCGCGCGCAGCUGGCCGUGACGUCAGCGGAGAGCAGUGACGUCAGGUCAUGCCCCGCCGGAAGUCGCCGCCCACCCGGCGCCGCCGCCGCCCCCCCUCGCCGCCGCCGCCGCCGCCGCCGCCGCCCCCCCCCCGCGCCCGGCGCCGGCGGUACCGGCCGGGGCAGCGGGCGCUGCAGGAGAUCCGCAAGUACCAGAAGAGCACGGCGCUGCUCAUCCGCCGCAGGCCCUUCUCCCGCGUGGUACGGGAGAUCUGCCUGAUGUUCACGCGGGGGGUGGACUAUUACUGGCAGGCCACGGCCCUGCUCGCCCUCCAGGAGGCGGCGGAGGCCUUCGUGGUGCGGCUGCUGGAGGACGCCUACCUGUGCUCGCUGCACGCCCGCCGCGUCACCCUCUUCCCCAAGGACCUGCAGCUGGCCCGGCGCCUCCGCGGCCUCGACGACGGCAUCUGACCCCAAACCGCCGGGAUUCGCCCCGAAACCCGCCCCUGGACUCCCCCGCCGAAAAGCGCCCCGUCCCGCCACCAGAACCCCCCCCCAAAAUGGACCGAGUUCCCCCAAGCUUCUGCAAUAAAGGCGUUGCUCGAUUGA